UGUAGCUAGGUACCUUCAACAAAUAAGAAAUAUUAAAUAUUUAGUAUCUUCUCUUUUUUACAGUGGUAUACAUCAAGAAUCGUUGGCGAAGCAUGCGUGAUGCCUUCAAGAAAUACAACAAACAUCUAAGAGAAGUGAGGAGUGGCUCGGGGGCACCAGCUAGAGUACCCUAUAUGUAUGCAGAGGACCUUGCCUUCUUGAAACCACUCAUAGAGAUGAGAGAGACCGAAGCAAGUUGGGACGAACAGGAUGUCCUGGAGGAUCAACCAGAGAGCCAAUCUGAGGCCCAAUCCGUGCCAGCAGUUUGCAUUGAUCCAAAUGAGGAAAUACCUGAAAUGCCACUUGGGUCAGAUCUAUGGGUCACAAACCCAGAGACUGACUCUGGAUUGCCUGAGCCUAUGCCUGGACCCUCCUCAGCUCCGACAACCAUUGCGCGGCCUGCCAAAGUGGCACGUAAGCGAACGCCAGUAUCGCAGAUGGACAUAAGCGAGCGUCUUCUAGAGAUGUUACAACAAAUGGCUGGAAAGGUGGAUGCUUUCUUAUGUCCAGCUACAAUACUGGCGCUUAAUUUUGUACCAUUGAUCAAAAAAGUUCUACCUGAGAGAUAUUUAGAAAUGCGAACCACAGUAGAACACGUUCUGCAGUCAUUUACAGUGCCAAGCGAGCAACAUACAUUGAAAAGGCCAUAUGUAACAAAAGAAACAACACACAUACACUUACCAAUGUCAGGCCAGUACCCAGACCCAGGAAACCAACCUUACCCCUAUGUUCCUCCAUCCUACACUUCAAGCUUUCAGGAGCCAACUUCAAUAUAUGAGGUACAACAGAGGCGAACUGCAUAUCCCAUCCCAUCCCCAAUCCCUUCAAUUAUGCCACAAACACAAAUGCAGGGGAUGUAUGUGCCACAGCAACAUGGGCCUCAGACACAUGGAUAUAGCUCCAAAUACAUCCACACCAAACAGGUUCUGUAA